AUGGCUUCUAGUACUAGUCUACUUGUGUUCUUCCUAGGACUGGUCUUUCUGAUCAGUCCAAUGAGAGCAGAUUUCAAUCAUGAGCCUUUUCCUGAUCACAAAACACCAAAGCCUAUUGAGAAACCUCCACAAAGAAAGGCUUUUCCAGGACAUCGUUUAUCUGAGGAGAAGCCAUUACCUGGAAAUAAGCCUUUCCCUGAACCCAAACCAAAGGGCGAGAAGCCACCUCCAAAAACCAAUCCUCCUUAUGACCACAAUCAUCCUGGACACCGUUUAUCAGAGGAGAAGCCAUUCCCUCAACCAAAACCAAAAGGUGAGAAACCACCUCCAAAAACCAAUCCUCCUCAUGACCACAAUCAUCCUGGACAUCGUUUAUCAGAAGAGAAGCCAUUCCCUAAACCCAAACCAAAUGGUGAGAAGCCACCUCCAAAAACCAAUCCUCCUCAUGACCAUGAUCAUCCUGAACACCGUUUAUCAGAGCAAAAGCCAUUUCCUGAACCCAAACCAAAAGGUGAGAAGCCACCUCCAAAAACCAAUCCUCCUUAUGACCAUGAUCAUCCUGGACACCGUUUAUCAGAGCAGAAGCCAUUCCCUGAACCCAAACCAAUGGGUGAGAAGCCAUCUCCCAAAAACAAUCCUCCUCAUGACCAUGAUCAUCAAGGACACCGUUUAUCAGAAAAGCCAUUUCCUAAAAAUAAACCUUUUCCUGAACCCAAACCAAAGCGUGGAAUGCGUUCGAUUCCUAGAAACAAGCCUGAAUUACCUCAUAAGCCUCCCCAUAAGCCUCCAAUGAACUGA